ACGUCGGCCCGCCGCUGCCGUCGCACUCUCUGGCCUUGUAUUACUUGGCCGGACACACGGCACCUUGUGUUAUUACAUAUUUUCAACUUAUUCUUCAAUUAACCGAUUUUUCCGCUUCGCUGAUUAUUGAUUUUCCGGAAAAUUAUACAAUUGCAAUAUCAAAUGUGUUCUCGAGACACGCGCGCGUAUCGCGAAUCCGCUCGUUGCUGCUGUGUGCUGCGAGAGAUAUGAGCUCCUUGCGAUUACCCAAUCGGUGAGUUAUUACGAGAGAAGACGUUCGAAUCGCGAGUUUCGGAGAGGGAUCUAGAGCUCGCUGUGCGAAUGAAAGAUCAACGCUUCCUCUCUAUACCGAUGAACAGGAUUUCAAUUUGGAGUUGUACGCAUUUUAUAAGUCAAUACUGCAGCUAAGGUUUUAAUAUUUUAAUUUUGAUAUUGAAUCUUAAAUGCUGUCUUAUUAUAUUAGUGUAGGCAUUAUUAUCGGUGCAGUUGCACAGUCAGAUUCGCGCGCCCUCGCGACUUUUCCGAUAAUAUAACCAUUAGGCCAAUGGAAGUCUCGCCGCAACCCACGUGGUCUCCAGCGGAUAAACAUAGCCUCAAAGGCUUUUUUAUCAUAUAGGUGUCAAAACUGUGUUUACGUAUCAACGUUCGCCCAUCGUUUAUUGUUAUACAACAAUAUUCAACGUUGUUCACGUGCAUACCAUAAACUGAAUUCUGUACAAAAUUCUUGAGUAGGCUGCUGAUAUUUAAAAUGUCUUCGGACGAAGAAAACGAUGAAUUGACGAGCUUAGAGGACAUUCGUGAUAAUAUUAUGAACCAGCCUAAAGGAGAUCGAAUGCAAGUCAGUGCUUGGGAAGACGACGAUGAAGGGAUAGACGAGGCUAGAAAUGCUAAAGACCCUAUGCAAAGGGCAAUCUUGGAUGCUGCUGAAAAUGGGGAUGUCGAAAAGGUGAAGAGUUUUCAUGCACUGGAUCCAACACUGAUCGAAUGCGUGGAUAAAGAUGGUUACACACCACUGCACAGAGCUUGUUAUGGAAAUCAUACAAAAGUAGUCGAGUUUUUGCUAGAGGCAGGAGCAAAGAUCGAUGCCAAGACUCAAGAUGAUUGGCAACCAUUGCAUUCCGCAUGCUGUUGGAAUAACGUUGACUGUGCUGCUAUUUUGGUUCAGCAUGGAGCAGACGUAAAUGCUAAAAGCAAAGGUGAUCAAACUCCUUUGCAUUUAGUCUCAGCCAGCUCUCAUAAUUAUCCGUGCUUGCAACUGCUCCUAUUAAAUCCAGACAUGGAUCCAAGUGUGAAAAAUAUCAGUGGUGAUACAGCAUACGAUAUAGCCAAGCGGACUGGAAUGUAUUAUCCUAUUUUUGAGAUAACUGAACCAUGUUUAAAUCAGAUCUGAGUAAGUUUUGUAUUUUUAGCUUCCAAGUUUUGUAUAAUUAUUAUUAUUAAUAAAUAGAGUUUUAUUAUUGGGUAUAUAAACAAA